GAUGGAGGUCGUGACAGGGAGGAACCGGUUGCUCUAGAGAUUGGGGAUGUUCAAGAAGUGCAGGAAGAGCUAAGAAGCGAUUGGAAUGCGCCAAAUGGGCGGCUCCCUGACGAAGGCGACCAAGCAAGACUAGAGAACAUUGAAAAGAAUAUGGAUAAUCGACCAAAAGAGCAAGAAAAUGAAGAGCGGACGGCGAGAGAGCGACGGAAAAACGCAGCGAAGAAGGAAGAUCAGAGACGGGAAAGACUUGCAAGGCAAGAGAGAGCAAGACAACUCAAGAAAGAGAAAUCUGAAGUGAGUGGGGAGCAAAAGAAGACCAGAACGCAGGGAAGGGACGAGCAAGAGAGAAGUGUAAAGGAAGACGAAGGAAUGCGUCGAAAACGCACCACACAGAUCGACUGGAGGAUGCUUGAAGGACAACCUAUGCCCAAAGAGAACACCGGUCAGCGUCCAAUCAUGGAAAACGAAACCGUACGCGGAGCAGUGGUGCUUGAUUCUGACGUCAUCAGGACGACAGGUCAACAACCCACUAACCUGACCGCGGAACAACCCAACCCUCAAAAGAUUCGUAUACAUCUCAAAAUAUCUAGGGGGCCUAGUGGUGGGGAAUGGCAAGAUCUGCCCUCACACGACGUGGACCCUUUCGAGCCGGCAGAUUUCAUGCGAUUCUUAAGGAAAUACACUAGAAAAGACGCCGAAAACCCGUGGAAUGUGUUCGCCGGGUCCCACAUGAUAACCCCAUUGACAAAAUUUGAAGACAUUAUCAGAGGGGGAAAUGACACCUUGUAUAUCCAUCGAGGUGGAAUUAUCGACACCCAUCUCCAUCCUAAUUCUCCUGCCAGCAAAAAAAGCCGGUCUUGA